CUCCUAGACUUCCCCCCCACUUCACUCGCCAUGAUUGGACGCACCGCCCUCCGCACUGCUGCUCCCCUCCGGAGCGCCAGCAGGCUCUUUUCGUCGUCGGCAUCGCAGAACUCGGCCGUGGCCGUGCUGGGUGCCAGCGGUGGUAUCGGCCAACCGCUCUCGCUUCUCCUCAAGAACGACCCCCUCGUCACGUCGCUCCGUCUCUUCGAUGUCCGUCUCGCUCCCGGUGUUGCCGCCGACAUCUCGCACGUCAACACGCCCGCCAUUACGACUGGCUACUCGCCCGACGGACCCGAGGGUGGCCUCGAGAAGGCCCUCGAGGGCGCUGACAUCAUUGUCAUUCCCGCUGGUGUGCCCCGUAAGCCCGGCAUGACCCGUGACGACCUCUUCAACACCAACGCCUCGAUCGUCCGUGACCUGGCCAAGACGGCCGCCAAGGUUGCGCCCAAGGCUCACUUGCUCGUCAUCUCCAACCCCGUCAACUCGACGGUGCCCAUUGUCGCCGAGGUCUUCAAGAAGGCCGGCGUGUACGACCCCAAGAGGCUCUUUGGUGUUACGACCCUCGACGUUACCAGGGCCAGCACCUUCCUCUCGGGCAUCGCCGGCCUCAAGCCCAGCGAUGUCGUGGUCCCCGUCGUCGGCGGUCACUCGGGCGUCACGAUUGUGCCUCUCCUCUCCCAGGCAGGCCCCGCCGCCAAGUCGGUGCAGCCCGGCGAGCAGUACGAGAAGCUCGUUCACCGUAUCCAGUUUGGUGGUGACGAGGUCGUCAAGGCCAAGGACGGUGCCGGAUCGGCUACCCUUUCGAUGGCCUACGCUGGUGCCGUCUUUGCCAAUGCGCUCAUGCGUGCCGCCAAGGGCGAGAGCGGUGUCAAGGAGUGCUCGUACGUCGAGUCGCCCCUGUACAAGGACCAAGGGGCCACCUUCUUUGCCUCGCCCAUCACCCUGGGCGCUGAGGGCGUCAAGGAGAUCCACCCCGUCGGCAACGUGUCCGCCGAGGAGGAGAAGCUCCUCGAGGCUGCCAUCCCCGAGCUCAAGAAGAACAUUGAGAAGGGUGUCGCCUGGGUUGCCGAGAACCCUUAAAGAGAGGAGAAAAAGUGGCAGGCCAGCCAUUGUCAUUGUAGAUAAAUGAUUGGAGGUUUUCUUAAAUAUCAAGACGACAAUCAACACUGCGGGCGUUGAUGCUCAUGGAGGAGAUUGUAGGAAAUGAGGCUAGGAAUUUGAGAAGUUGCCUUGUUCUGUGCGAG